AUGGCAUUCUUGUUUGAAGUAAACCAUAAAAGACUGUGUGGUGAGGAACGUUAUACAGGCAAGCUACAAAGUCUUGCAAAGUUUGAUGCAGAAUUUUUUAAUCUUCCCCCUGCAAUAGUCCAUAAAUUGGAUCCACAAGCUCGAAUCAUGACUGAGGUUGUUUAUGAAGCUAUAAUUGAUGCUGGUGUGAAUCCUCUAACCCUCCGAGGCUCUCGUACUGGAGUUUUUGUGGCAAUGUGCUCUUGUGAUGCUGAGUUUUACUGGUUUUCUGGUAUGCGCUCAUUCAACAAAACAGAGGCAUUACAUUCUUUCAGAAGUCUUAUUGCAAACAGAAUAUCAUACAUCUUUGAUUUCAAAGCUGAUGGAUAUGUAAGAAGUGAAGCAGUAGCAGCAAUAUUUCUUCAAAAAUCGGAUGUUGCUUAUCGUCAUUAUGCUGAAAUUGUGGCUAUUGGCACAAACACUGAUGGCCAUAAAAGCACAAGCAUAUCUUAUCCAUCAAGAGAGAUGCAGUUACGUUUGUUGGAGGAGACCUACCGAUCAGCUGCUGUUGACCCAGCAAGUGUGGAUUAUAUUGAAGCCCAUGGGACAGGCACAAAGGCGGGGGAUCCUGAAGAAUUGGGUGCAAUAGCAGAUUUAUUUUUGAAGAAAAGAUCAUCUCCUUUGUUGAUAGGUUCUAUCAAAUCAAAUAUGGGCCAUACAGAAGCAGCUUCAGGAAUAUGUUCUGUAAUCAAAUCACUAUUAGUUCUAGAAAAUAAUGAAAUUCCUCCCAACCUGCAUUACAAAAAUCCAAACUCUAAAGUGCCAGCUCUUUUAGAUGGAAGACUGAAGGUGGUCACUGAGCGACUUAAAUGGCAUGGUAACUUCAUUGCUGUUAAUUCCUUUGGAUUGGGUGGAUCAAAUUCACAUAUAAUUCUGAGAAGACCACAAUCAACCCAGAGAAAAGAUUCUUUCAUAUAUCCUCUAACUAAAGUAAUCUGUGUAUCUGGACGCAGUCAAGUGGCUGUGAAAACCCUGCUGACUAAAAUCUGCAACAAACAGAGAAAACCAGUGUGGUUUGUUUUUUCUGGACUUGGUAGCCAAUGGCCAGCUGCAGGGCGAGUGUUUCUGCAGCUAUCAAUCUUAAAAGAUGUCAUAAGACAGUGUGCUGAGUCACUUUAUCCAUUCAAAAUUGAUCUUUUUGAACUUCUCGAAGAUGAAGAUGAUACAUACACAGAUCACACUAAAGCAUUCAUUUCCAUUGUUACAGUACAGAUAUGCUUAGUCACUCUACUGAGAGCAGCUGGAGUGGAGGCAGACGGCUUCAUAGGGCAUUCACUUGGAGAAAUUGCAGUGGGUUAUGCAGAUGGUUGCUUAACAGCUCAACAGGCAGUACUUAGUGCUUACUACAGGGGAGAAGCUAUGAGAAAUAAGGAAUUCAGUGGUGGAGCAAUGCUUUCAGCAGGAAUUUCUGCAGAGCAAGCAAAAGAUAUCAUCCCUCCCUGUGUUGAUAUUGCAUGCUACAAUAGUUCUAGUCAUAUUGCAUUAUCAGGUCCAAGAUCAGAAAUUGCAAUGUUGAAGAAGCAGCUCAGCAGACAGGAUGUGAUUGUGAAAGAGAUUGAAGCAGGUGGAAUUGCAUUUCAUAGCAGAUACAUAAAGUCUGCUGAGAAUAUACUCUUGCAGAAUAUGAGAAAGGUGAUACCCAAACCAAGAAAAUGUUCAGAGAAAUGGAUUUGUUCCAGUGUACCUAAGAAUGAAUGGGAUUCUAAAUCUGUUAAAGAAUGUUCUGCGGAAUACCUAACACAUAACAUGAUGUCACCGGUAUUAUUUGCAGAUGCACUGUCUAUGGUACCACACAAUGCAUUUGUAAUAGAAAUAGCUCCACGAGGAAUACUGCAAAGCGUAAUGCGUGGAGGACUACCUAGUUCUGUGACAAUAGCAAGUGCAAUGUCACGUUAUGACAACUCUUUGUUGCAGUAUUCUCUUGUUCUGGGAAGAUUGUAUUUGUCUGGGUCACAAAUAUGUCUUACAAAACUCUACCCUCACAUUGAAUACCCAGUCCCUGCUGGAACACCACAUAUUUCACCUCUAACAGUAUGGAACCAUGAUCAAGAGUGGUUUGUACCAAUUUUCUCUGAUAAGGAUUUUCUAAAUAAACAGUGCGACAAGUAUGAGAUUGAUCUGAACAAGCAUGAAGAUGAGUGGUACAAGGGUCAUACAAUUGAUGGAAGAAUAUUAUUCCCAGCAACAGGAUAUCUGGUUCUCGCUUGGAAGACAUUGGCAGCACAUAAAGGCUUCAAGUAUGAAACUCUGCCAGUCAUUUUUCACAAUGUGCACUUUCAGAGGACAACUGCGUUUCCUUCCACUGGGAAACUCACUUUCUUUGUUGAGAUGAUCUUUACAGAAGGACAAUUCAUUAUUUGUGAAAGUGACCAAAUAGUUGUGUCUGGUCAGAUAUUUGUCUGCCAGGAACCAGAGAAGGAAUUUAUUUGCCUGAAUAAAGCUUCCCAGACUGGUGAACGAAGUACUAUGCCAUUACUCAAGAGCAAGGAAGCGUAUUUGGAUUUGCGUUUACAUGGGUAUCAAUACACAGGAGUCUUUAAGGGAAUGUUGGAAAUAGAUGAUAGUGGAGCCAAAGUUCAUUUUACCAAUAACUGGGUUGCUCUGAUGGACUCUGUUCUGCAGGCAGCCAUAAUGAAGAGUGCUUUCAGGUAUUUCUCACAUAUCUGUUUUCCAACAAAACUGCAGAAGGUGAUUAUUGACCCGCAGAAAGUUUGUCAGACAGGUGAAGUCCUAUAUGUCAUUGUUGAUGAAACAUUAAAAACUGUUGGCUGUGAGGGGAUGCAGUUCUCUGGUGCAGAGACAGCAGCAGUACCACGCCAGUCACCAAAUGAAGAGCCAUUGUGCAAUUACCAAAAUUUCGUACCAUAUCACAAUUUUUGUACAGAUACAGUUACAGCUCUUGGCCUUUGUCUGCAAAUUUUUAUUGAAAAUUGUGUUAAACAGGCUAACUUUAAAAUUGCUGUUUUCUCAGAGAAUGAUAAAGCUAAAUAUAGUUCAGCAGUUUCAAAAUGGUUUUCUGAAACUACAUGGAUUAGGGCGAAACUAUAUCUGAUUUGUGAGACAAAUUCUACAGAAGAAGCCACAAAACUUGGUACAGAAAUAACUGUCUGCAGUAAACCAAAAAUAAAUGAUUAUGAUCUAGUGCUAACUGAUAGUUUAGAUCAGAAACGAAGUGUGACAAUGAAACAUGAUGGUUUCAUGAUUCUACUUUCAAACACUGAUAGUCUUCAUACAGAUAUGAAAGUGCUAUCAAGAAUUUCUUCAAGUGAUGGAACAUACAUAUACUUGCUCCAAAAGGAAGUAAGUAAAGUGGUCUUAUAUGUUGAAUAUACAAGUAUGAAUAUGAAAUGA